CCUUAUCCAGCAACUGUAGUGUUGACAGUUGUGGUGGUCGUUUAAGAAUUUCUAACCCGAAAUCUUCACUUUACAUCUCUCUAUCUCUCAAUCUUCAUCACCAACAAGUGUUUGAGUAACCAUGGCAUCCACCACUCUAUCUCCUACAACCCCUUCUCAGCUAUGCUCCGGAAAGAGUGGGAUUUUCUGUCCCUCACAGGCACUUCUUGUGAAACCAAUGAAGAGGCAGAUGAUGGGGAAGAGCAAGGGAAUGAAAAUUGCUUGCCAGGCCACCAGCAUUCCUGCUGAUAGAGUCCCUGACAUGGGCAAAAGGCAGCUCCUGAAUCUCCUUCUUCUUGGUGCUAUUUCACUCCCAAGUGCUGGAAUGCUUAUUCCCUACACCUAUUUCUUCGUUCCUCCAGGUUCAGGUUCUUCAGCUGGAGGUACUGUGGCCAAGGAUGCCGUUGGAAAUGAUGUAAUCGCAGAGAAUUGGCUCAAGACACAUGGACCUGGUGACAGAACUCUUACACAAGGAUUGAAGGGAGAUCCUACCUAUCUUGUGGUGGAGAAAGACAGAACCCUUGCAACAUACGCAAUUAACGCGGUGUGCACUCAUCUCGGAUGUGUGGUGCCAUGGAAUACAGCUGAGAAAAAGUUCAUUUGCCCCUGUCAUGGAUCUCAGUACAAUGACCAAGGAAGAGUUGUGAGAGGACCUGCUCCCUUAUCUCUGGCAUUAGCACAUUGUGAUAUAGAUGAUGGGAAGGUGGUGUUUGUUCCUUGGGUUGAAACAGAUUUCAGAACAGGUGAUGCUCCAUGGUGGGCUUAGACUCCUUAAAGCCGUUUCUCUGUUGUCCUAUGUAUUUAAGUGUGAAAUUCAAACAAUCUGUUUUGUGUCACUACAUAAAUAUAUUUUGUAAUCAAAUUCAUAUUCUGUGAACUCAAGCUAUGGAAAGGCACCUUUUUUUUCCCGAGUAA